UCUCAAACCCCUCCUUCCGCUCCGCUCCGCUCCGGCCUCCAGGGUUUUUCUCUCCUUUCUGACCUCCGCGCCCCCAAGAAAAGGACGGCAGCAUUUCCCUCCGAAGCUCCCACUCCAAACCCCCAGUCUUUACCAUCGGUGGCCAAUGGACGAAGAAGGCGGAGGCCAUCAGGCGGAGGAGGCCCUGCGCCCUCCGAAUCCGAGGACGACGUGGGAGGGCUGCAGCGUCCUCCUCGACAUCAACGACGGCGACCGCCUCGUCUUCGCUCGGCUCUCCCCCGCCGCGACUUUGAAGAUUGGGAACAAGAAGUGCUUCUUGAGCCCCUUGAUCGGUUGCCCCUUUGGCUCGUUGUUCCGAGUCGACACCGGCCCCAACGGUCCCCAUCUGACACGCAUCGCUUCUUCCUCUGCUCCGUCCCAUGAUAAUUGCAUGCAAGAAAGUGAUGAUGGGCAGUCAAUAGAUGAACUUAAAGAUAAUAGAUCAUUGAUUGACAAUAACACAGCUCAAAAUCUGUCUAGUGAUGAUAUAGAUGCAAUGAGGAGGGAAGGUGCAACUGGUGAUGAAAUUGUGGAAGCUCUUAUAGCUAACAGCUCAACAUUUGGAACGAAAACAGCUUUUUCACAGGAGAAAUACAAGCUCAAGAAACAGAAGAAAUAUGCUCCUAAGGUACUUCUAAGGCGCCCUUCUACUCGAAGUAUAUGUGAGACAUAUUUCAAGAAAUAUCCUGCUCGGAUAGGGUUUUUGCGCAUGGACACACUAUCUCUCCUACUUUCAAUGGCUAAUGUUGGUGCAUACUCAGAUAUCCUUGUGGUGGAUAUGGUUGGAGGUCUACUUACUGGAGCUAUUGCAGAACGAUUGGGAGGUAUAGGCUACAUCUGCAGUACUUAUUUUCGAUCAAUGUCCUACCCUUCAGAUAUAGUGAGAAUGUUCAAUUUCAAUAGUGAAACAUUGAGCAGGAUUGUUCAAGCUCCUUUUUCUGAUCUCUGUUCUUCAGAAAACCUUGACCAUGAAAACUCCAAAUCACAUGAGAAUAUCCAAUCUUCAGAAAUACAAUCACAAACCAAGGAUUCUUUGCUGACUGAAUGUGCUUCCAAAAGUUCAAUAGCUUUAUCUGAAGAUCCUGUUGUCCAGGAAGGAGAUUCUUUGUCAGAUUGCCGACAUGGGGACAACUCUUCUAGAGGUUGCAAGUCGGUCAACCCGGGGAGGAGAGCGUCACCAGAACUUAUAAAGUUAUGGAAGGAAAAAGGCUUUAGCAGCUUGAUGAUUGCUGCUCCAGAACUGGAGGUGGGGAGCUUAGUUCAAGAUCUGCUACCACUUUUGUCAUAUUCUGCACCAUUUGCAAUUUAUCACCAAUUCCUUCAGCCUCUUGCAACAUGUAUGCAUAGACUACAAACUUCGAGAAUGGCCAUUAAUUUGCAAAUUUCAGAGCCUUGGCUUCGUGAAUAUCAGGUUCUUCCUGCGCGUACUCAUCCAAUGAUGCAGAUGAGUGCAUUUGGUGGUUACAUUUUAAGUGGAAUUAGAAUUUGCAGCAGCGAAGCUGGCAAUGGAAAUAAUUGACAGCUUUGAUCCCAAGGCCUUGUGUUGUUUUCUUAGCAAUCAGGAAAAUGCAGGCAAGGCUAAAGCAAUAGACGCACCUUCUUGGAAGACUUCCAUAACAACGCAGACCAGAUGAGGUACUCCUCUCCUAAUUUAUUUUCUUGUAGAGAGUUCUAUCUCAUCCCAAUGGGAUGUGUCUGCGUUUUGUAUUAUUUCUAGUAUCACAUUUCCUUGAUAAUUAUAAGAUGAAUUUUGUAGCCACUUGGGAUGAGUACAACCAGCAAAUAUAUUUUUUGAUAUUUAUAUGAAGUUAUUUUUAUUGAACU